CACCCCCGGGAGAGCAGAUGACGUGUGGGGUCUCUGUCCAUUCCUCUAUAGUCCCUAGUCUCGGGGAGGGGGAAGUUCGUGACUCCGCAGGCAAUGGCGGCGGUAUUUUGAGCCGCCUCGCAAAUAUCUCGUCCUCUCUUUCCCCUCGCGUGGGAGCGCGCUGGCAUGUAGGCCUCAGCAACAGCCAGGAGGAGGCGGAGCUGACGCGAGCGGACCGGCGGAUUCAGGUCCCUCCUUCCUCAACCCUUCUUCCUCAAUUCUUUCUUUUUCUUGCGCCUUCCUUUCGUCUUUCUCCUGUGCGUCGCGCGUUUCGUUCCGCGCCGCUGCCGCAGAAAGGAAGCGGUGGUGGCACCACCAGCUUCGUGCCCCACGUCCUCUUGCCCUUCGUUCUCUUAGAAACAGUCCGAAGCCAUCUGCAGCGCCUCCGACAUCGGCCGUGGGGUGUCUCGCUCCACCCCCUGCCUGGAGCAGAUGUUCCUGACAAUGUUACUUAUCAAUACAAUUGAAGUAUUGAAUUAUAUAUUAACAUCCAUAUAGCCAUCUUUAAAAAUGCUGAUAUCACUUUUUGUGGGCAAGCAUUGAAAUGGCUCAAGAGACAAACCAGACUCCAGGGCCCAUGCUGUGUAGUACAGGAUGUGGAUUUUAUGGAAAUCCUAGAACAAAUGGCAUGUGUUCUGUUUGCUACAAAGAACAUCUUCAGCGACAUCAGAAUAGUGGUAGAAUCAGCCCAAUGGGUAAAGGGGCAGCUAGUGGUUCAAACAGUCCUACCUCAGACUCUGCAUCUGUACAGGGAGCAGAUGGUAGCUUAAGCAAGUGUGAAGGUACUGCUAGUAGCACAUCUGGAAAAUCAAGAAAUGUGCUUGUUGCCGCUUUGCCUGUAAUGCAGCAAAUGACAGAAAUGAGCAUUUCAAGAGAGGAGAAAGUAUCACCAAAAACAGAGAUUGAGCCAGUUGUUACUCAACCAAGCCUAUCAGUUUCUCAACCUAGUACUUCACAGACUGAAGAGAAAGCUUCUGAACUGCCUAAACCAAAGAGGAACAGGUGUUUCACAUGCAGAAAGAAGGUUGGCCUUACGGGGUUUGAUUGCCGAUGUGGAAACUUAUUUUGUGGACUUCACCGUUAUUCUGACAAGCAUAACUGUCCAUAUGAUUACAAAACAGAAGCUGCAGCAAAAAUCAGGAAAGAGAAUCCAGUUGUGGUAGCUGAAAAAAUCCAGAGAAUAUAAACUAACCUACUUGUGUAAAGACUGACUUUUAUUUGUUUUAUUUUAAUAUACCCUAGGAAGGCAUUAAAGAGCAGAUGCAUGGCCAUUUUCUUUUGUUCUCCAAAGUUUUAAUUUUAGCCUUGUCUGCCUUAAUGACAUUUCAGAACAUUUGAGUGUUUGUUACAGGCAGAAUUGGAUAGAUACAGCCCUUGAAAACACAUAUGCUCUUCUCAGAAUAUGAUUGGAAGGUCAGAACCUGCACAGGAAGACACAUGCACAGAAGACAGGCUCUAGUUCACAUGUACCAAACAGAUGUAUACUUCGUGUUUGCAGCAGAUCUGCCUUUUGAGCUGUUCAAGGUGUAUAUCACUAGCCAAAGACUGUGCCUGUUUGGGAGAAGGAUUUGCCAGAAAGGCUGGGGGUCUACUUCUAUCCAUUUAAAAUCUUAUUCUACUUUUAGUUUUCACACAUUAUUGUUUUCCAGCAGAAUAUAAGACAUGUAGAGUGCUCUACCACCCAGUAAGAUGAGUGUUGGUGUUAUAUUUAAUAAAAAAGUCAUUUAGCAAUUGCAAUGAGAAAAAUGGAGGGGGGGGGGAAGAUAUAUAUAUAAGAAGAAAUCUAUUUUGGAACAGAUAACAUUAACUUUAGAAUCUUGAAAAUGAAACUAAUUUCCCAAAGGAAAUGCCCUGUUAGAAACUUAAGAACUGACCUGCAACACUUGUCUGCUUUUCCUUGCAUAGCUAAUAACAUUGUUUAGCACAAUAUUGUGCUAAAAUUAACUUACAAAACAAAAGCUACAUGUGGCAUUUUUAGGCAUACCACUGCAACUCUAUCAAGUGACACAUGCAUCUUUGUAAGUUGCAGAAGUAUUUGAGAAGUUUAUUCUUCAUGUACUUCUUAAAUUCAGUGUGUUCUGGGUUCAAAAUAAUAUUAGGAGCUUUUUUCAAUUAAAAAAAGUUUUAAAUGUAACAAUAAUUGGGUAUGGAAAUCAUACCCAACAUGGCUCCUGUAGUGGGAGCUGGAACCACUCUUGGAGGGCUGGUUUAUCAUUUUUAAUCAUAUUUGGGUGUAGGACUGUAGUGUUCUUGGGUGUAUUGCAUGGACUCCAUUAUCUACAGCUUUGUAUAAUAACUAGAAAGGGCAGUAGAGUUCACUGAUGCUUGUCUGGUAAUAUCACUUCUGUGUUAUAAUGGAAGGGGUUUUUGUGAUGUAUGAAAAUUGUGGGGUUUUUUUAUAUAAUCAAGUAUAGUGUAGAUGAGUGUUGUAAUUCCUCUUCUCAUGUGUAAAUAAUUGUGUAUGUGCAUAAGAUGCUACUUAUGAUUUUUAUUGCAGUGUUCAAUCUUAGUUUUUUAGUUCACCAUUAAAAGCAUCAAUCUUUUGCUAUAACUUUGUUCUUUCAAUUUAGUUAUCAGAUAUGCAAGCAUGUACAGAUAGUUCAUACUUAGGUUUUGCACAUAAUCACACUAUCCAGCAUCUAUGCUCUGUUGUAUUAUGUAAAUAAUAAAAAUCAUGUACAGAAGGAAA